AUGGCAGCCGAAAGUUUUCACCAGAUGAACGGAUGGCUCGAUUCCCCAUCUCAACUGGACUUUCUCAUGCCAGCAGAGAUGUUCAACAUCGAUAAUUUAUCGCAAGACCUCCUUAGGCCUGAAUCCUCGCCGCGAAUCAACAACAGUAUGCUGGAUUCGCCUGGCGGGAACUUGACAGUCUGGACUCUCCCUGAAGACCCAGGGUCAACAUUCAGCAUCGAGGAACCAACGGGACAGUUAUUCGGUGAUUUCACGAGUCAUCCAAUGUUUCAAUCUCAGGACUCAACGCAGGAAGAACAAUCUCUCGUCCAGGCUCGACACUCAAGCCUUGACCCGCAUCGUCGCAUGUCCAACACCCCAACCACUCUAUCUGAAUACUUUUUCCGCGAAGUCAUUACUCUUUACUGCUCUUGGGAUAGUGAACUUAAUGUCAUGCGCAACAUCAUUGAGAAAAUGUGGCAGUCUUCAGGAGUGCUCUAUCAUACCAUCCAGAGCAUGGCCGCCGCAUGUUUGUCAAAAGACUUUCCGCACCUGCUACCGGUUGCGCGAGAGGAACGCUCACAAGCGCUUCAGCUUGUGAAGAAUAGACCUCAAGAGGUAGAGAAACGGGUGAUGCUGCUUGCAUCCAUGCUUCUUGGCCAUACAUCGAGCUGGCUAAGCCCUCAUAACCUUGCAACCGAGACGUUUCGAGCAAGCCAAAGCAUUCUGGAUGAGAUUACCGGUGAGAACAGCAACAGCUCAGAGAUGUUGUUUUUCAGAGACACCAUGGACUACUGGGCCAUGCUUCUGGUCUACCUCACAGAUAGAAACGAACUGGGAGAGUACCAUCGAGAGGAACGGAUUGGACCCGCAAACUUAAUGAAACCAAUCGAACCACAUCCCUACUCCGGCAUUUCGCAAGAUAUGGUUCGCGCACUGACCGAUACGGGGAUACUCAUUUUUCAAUACCGGAAACACAUGUCUACGAUGAAAUUCAUGACUGAAAGCGAUCUUGACGUAUUCAGAACUGCAUUGCGCGACGGAAGACGGCUGGAACGCACCUUUUUAGCACACCGAGUGCCAAAUGCAGUCCAAACGAAGAACCCUGGUGAUCCAAAGACACCACUGAAGCAUUUGGAACUUAUGGAUGAAGCCUAUCGAUGUACAGGGUUGUUGCAGCUCUACCGAGUCUUUCCCGAUCUUUUGAACGAACGAUACUCACCUUGGAAUAAGGAUCAUAUUCUACGGCCUUUACCAGCACAACAAGUGCCAACAAAGGAGGAGAGACAGCUGUGGCUGACACAAUUUGCUCUGUAUACCCUUGGUAUCUUGGAGGAGAUUCCGUUUGAAUCAAGAACUCGCAGUGCCCAGCCGUUCGUUAUGGUUGCCAUAUCCGGGGAACUCAGGCAGAGCUCUCACAGGCAUCAAGGAUCUGAGGUCUCUAUCACAGACCCCGGAAUGCUGAGCAUUGACAGUGUGUCUAUCGAAGUAUCUCGGGCUCGGAAGUUUGUCAGCUCCCGUCUGUCUGCAUAUACACACAUCUUGCCCUUGCGAAAGAGCCAAGUCAUCUUGGAGCUAAUUAAUCAAGUUUGGUCGGCAAUUGACGAUGGACAGGAGGAUGCUUACUGGUUGGAUAUUGCUUACGAGAAGAAAUUGGGCACAAUGAUGGGGUAG